GCAAUGGAGACACCAUCUCUGUGUUGGUUAAGAAUUAUAUGAAGAACGGCGAAGGGACGUCCAUCCAUUGGCAUGGUUUGCCCCAGAAAAACUCGCCCUAUAUGGACGGUGUCUCGAUGGUAACGCAGUGUCCUAUCAGCGAAUUCACGAACUUCAGAUACGAAUUCAUCGCAGAGCAUCCUGGGACGCACUGGUGGCACGCGCAUUCUGGCAUGCAUCGCGCAGAUGGUGUGUAUGGUGCACUCAUCAUUCGAGAGUCUCGUGAGGUCGACAAACAAAGCGCCCUCUUCGAUUAUGACCUGUCAGAACACGUGAUCCUCACACACGAUUGGCUCGAUCAGACGACACUCGACAAGUUUGCCGCGCACCAUUUCGAUAACGGUAACAACAGACCUGAGUCAGUGUUGAUCAAUGGAAAGGGACGUCGGCAAUCGUUUUAUAAUGAAAUGGGUCAAAAUGACACCGUUCCUGAGGCAUUGUAUACUGCUCGAGAAGUCUUCCAUGUCAAACAGGUAAGGAGCUAAUAAUACUGACCAGCUAUAAUUCAAGCAUGUUUUGAGAUUAUUAGAUUACAUAACGUGUAAAACUCUUCAUUAGAACAUUAUUCGAUAGACCGCCCCCCCCCCCGAAAAAAUCUAAAUAACAAAAUUGAUGGUUCCAUGAAAUUUUCUCGAGCGAUAAUUUCUCCUAUGAAAAAUACUGUUCUGAACAGAAACUCUGUCAAAAUCCUAAUUCUAAGCCUAUAUGCCAUAGGCAGAUCCAGGGGAUGGGUUGUGUGCAAGGGGCCGCCCCCUAUUGCAGAAGCAAAUAUAUGACAAAAAGAUGAAAGGAAGAAAAAAGGGAAAAGGGAGGUAAUGGGAAAGUAAAAGCGAGGAAAAAUAAGAGCUGGAAGACGACUAAAUAAAGGAAGGUAGGGGGAAAGACUUGGGGGUAAA